AUGGAUCCCAACGCAAAGACCGCUGAUACGACGACUCCCGAGCAGCAUGCGCAGAUUCGCGACGCCCUGAGUGCAGCCCUGGCCACCAAGCCGCUGGUCGCGCAAGAGGCGUUCCUGAGAUUCCCGAGCGCGGGCGAUGACUUGGAGGAGCAGAAAAACUCGACGCUGCGGCGGUUCCGCAGCCUGAGCAUGAGCACCAAGGAGCACUCGGCGUGGACCGAAGACACAGUGAAGCGCAAGUAUCCGAUAGACAAGACCAUUGAGCUGCACAGCUUCUCGUCGGACUUUGAGACUGCCGACCUGAACCAGAUGCUCGAGCCCUACCAGCACCACCGCUGCGAGCGCGGCGGAUACCGCAUCAAGUGGCUCAACGACACCCGCGCCCUCGCUGUUUUCCGCCGCGCAGAGACAGGUGCAUGA